GGGCGGCGGGGCCCGCGGCCGGCACGACGGAGCCCCCGCACGGCCGGCGGCAGCGGUUGGCGGCGGCCCCGGGCCCGCGGCGAGGGAGGCGGCGGCGGGGCGGCGGCGGCGGCGCCAUGGAGCCGCGGGAGGUGAAGGACCGGAUCCUGGAGAACAUCUCGCAGUCGGUGAAGAAGCUGCAGAGCUACUUCGCUGCGUGUGAGGAUGAGACCCCCGCCAUCCGGAACCACGACAAGGUCCUCCAGCGCCUGUGUGAGCACCUGGACCACGCGCUGCUCUAUGGAUUGCAAGACCUCUCCUCCGGCUACUGGGUGCUGGUGGUACAUUUCACCCGCAGAGAAGCCAUCAAGCAGAUCGAGGUGCUGCAACACGUGGCCACCAACCUGGGGCGCAGCCGGGCCUGGCUGUACCUGGCCCUCAACGAGAACUCCUUGGAGAGCUACCUGCGGCUGUUCCAGGAGAAUCUGGGGCUGCUGCAGAAGUACUACGUCAGGAAUGCCCUGGUCUGCAGCCACGAUCACCUGACGCUCUUCCUAACCUUGGUGUCUGGCCUGGAGUUCAUUCGAUUCGACCUGGAUCUGGACGCCCCCUACUUAGACCUGGCCCCCUACAUGCCUGACUACUACAAACCUCAGUACCUGCUGGACUUUGAGGACCGUCUUCCCAGCACGGCCCACGGCUCCGACAGCCUGUCCCUCAACUCCUUCAACUCCGUCACCUCCACCAACCUGGAAUGGGACGACAGCGCCAUCGCCCCGUCGAGUGAGGAUUAUGAUUUUGGAGAUGUGUUUCCAGCAGUGCCGUCUGUCCCCAGCACAGACUGGGAAGACGGCGACGUCACAGACACGGUCAGCGGACCCCGCUCGACUGCCUCAGACGUGACCAGCAGCAAGGCCUCCACCAAGAGCCCCACCCAGCGCCACAACCCCUUCAACGAGGAGCAGGCGGAGACCGUGUCCUCCUCAGACACCACCCCUGUGCACACCGCCUGCCAGGAGCAGGGGGAGGCCCAGGCCCUGGACCUGCCGGACGCCUGCGCGGAGCUGGAGGUCAUCAGGGUGACCAAGAAGAAGAAAGCUGGCAAGAAGAAGAAGCCCCGGUCGGAUGAGGAAGCCAGCCCGCUGCACCCGCCCCCCAGCCAGCAGACGUGUGCCCGGCGUGGGGACAGUGACAGCCUGGUGGACAGCAGCCCCGGCCUUGGCCGAGACUCCCCAGAUCCCACCCCGGUCUCCCCGCAGGAGCAGGCCACGGGGCCCAGCAGCGCAGCUGAGAGCAGCGAGCCCUCGGAGCUGGGCCACGUGGGCUUGCUCAUCCCCGAGAUGAAGGACACGUCCAUGGAGCUCCUGGGACGGCCCCUGAGCAAGGUCAUCGACCAACUGCAGGGGCAGCUGGACCCCAGCGCCUGGGGCACCCACGCAGAGCUCCCCGACCAGUCCUUUCGGACCGGCUCUCCCGGGGAGGCCCCGGAGAAGGCGGCCUUUGGCGACCUUAGUGAGGGGCUUCCAGCCCCCAUGGACUUCUACCGCUUUACCGUCGAGAGUCCAAGCGCUGUUACAUCAGGUGGCGGCGACCAUGACGCUACAGGGCCUGGCCAACCGCUGCAUGUUCCUGGUAGCCCUGCGGUUGCUGGCCAAGAAGAAGGAGGAGGAGCAGCAGAGGGACAGGCGCCUGGGGCCCUAGAGGACACCCCAGAGGAAGCUCAGCCAGAGCCCCAGGAAGUGGACACCCAGUCACCCCUGCCCGGCGAGGGGCCUGGGCCCCAGCCUGAGUCGGAGACCCAAGAGGCGCCCCGCCAGCUCAAGCGGGAGCAGCCCAGCCCGUGUCUGAGCAGCGCUGAGGACUCCGGGGUGGACGAGGGCCAGGGGAGCCCAUCGGAGAUGAUGCACCCCUCGGAGUUCAGAGUGGACAACAACCACCUCCUCCUGCUGAUGAUCCAUGUGUUCCGAGAAAACGAAGAGCAGCUGUACAAAAUGAUCCGGAUGAGCACGGGCCACAUGGAGGGCAACCUGCAGCUGCUCUACGUGCUGCUCACGGACUGCUACGUCUACCUGCUCCGGAAAGGGGCCACAGAGAAGCCAUACCUGGUGGAAGAGGCCGUUUCUUACAAUGAACUUGACUAUGUGUCGGUGGGUCUCGACCAGCAGACGGUGAAGCUGGUGUGCACCAACCGCAGGAAGCAGUUUCUGCUGGACACGGCGGACGCGGCCCUGGCCGAGUUCUUCUUGGCUUCUCUGAAGUCGGCCAUGAUCAAGGGCUGCCGGGAACCCCCCUACCCCAGCAUCCUGACAGACGCCACCAUGGAGAAGCUGGCACUGGCUAAAUUUGUGGCCCAGGAGUCCAAGUGCGAGGCCUCCGCGGUGACCGUGCACUUCUACGGGCUGGUGCACUGGGAGGACCCCCUGGACGAGUGCCUGGGCCCCAUGCCCUGCCACUGCUCACCCCCAGAGGGCGCCAUCACCAAGGAGGGCAUGCUGCACUACAAGGCGGGCACCUCCUACCUGGGCAAGGAGUACUGGAAGACCUGCUUUGUGGUACUCAGCAACGGGAUCCUCUACCAGUACCCUGACCGCACCGAUGUCAUCCCCCUGCUCUCCGUGAACAUGGGGGGGGAACAGUGCGGUGGCUGCCGGAGAUCCAACACCACGGACCGGCCCCACGCCUUCCAGGUCAUUCUCGCCGACCGGCCCUGCCUGGAGCUGAGCGCCCACAGCGAGGUGGAGAUGGCCGACUGGAUGCAGCACCUCUGCCAGGCCGUGUCCAAGGGGGUCAUCCCUCAGGGGCUCGCCCCCAGCCCCUGCGUCCCCUGCUGCCUGGUGAUCACCGAGGACCGCCUCUUCACGUGCCACGAGGACUGCCAGACCAGCUUCUUCCGCUCCCUGGGCUCGGCCAGGCUGGCGGACGUCAGCGCCGUCUCCACCGAGCCGGGCAAGGAGUACUGUGUCCUGGAGUUCUCCCAGGACGGCCCCCAGCUGCUCCCGCCCUGGGUCAUCUACCUGAGCUGCACCUCUGAACUGGACCGCUUCCUAGCUGCCCUGAGCUCGGGGUGGAAGGCCAUCUACCAGGUAGACCUUCCCCUCAAGGCGAUCCAGGAAGCCUCCAGCAAGCAGAAGUUCGAGGAUGCCCUGAGCCUCAUCCACAGUGCGUGGCAGCGGAGCGACAGCCUGUGCCGUGGCCGAGCGUCUCGAGACCCCUGGUGCUGAGGCGGCGUGGGUGGCGCCCGGGAGGGCAGGGCAGGGCCACGCUGACCGGCAGACACGGCUGUUCGGAACCAGCCCCCUCGUGCUGGGGGGGCGGUGGGCAGGCCCCCCGGGGUGGCCUGAGACAGGGUCUCUCCACUCCCAGGGAGCCGCAGCGGUGCCCACCGGGCAUCCUGUCCGGCCGGCCGCAGUUGAGGUGUCUGGGGGCGAAGGUCUGAGCCCCGUGGGCUCCGCAGACGCGCCCUGACCCCCGCGUCCCCAGCCCGGUCCUUGCCAUGUGCUCCAGGUGGCCAUGAGAAUAAUGUCAUCUAGGGAAGAGGGAAAGAAGUAGGAGGGCAGGGGUCCCCUCCUCUCCUGGGUCAGGAGCCCGGGCAGAGGCUCAGGGCCCUCGGGGGUCCUGAGUGCCCGGCCGUCCUUGUUCGUUUUUGAACACUCCCAGCUGUGGAGGGAAGCGGGAACACCAGGUGUGCGCAUGCUUCCUCCUGUUCACCCACGCGCCAGCGGCCUUCCCCGGCCGCCCGGAGGCCCCGCAUGCCCCGCCCCGCCCCGCCCGGCCUCUCCUCCGUCCCUCAGAGCCUGCCGAGGGCCCGGGAUCGCUCCGCCAGGAGCCAAGUGGGGAGAGGCAAGCAGAGCCCAAGAGUCUGGGACCACGCUGUCAUCUGACUGGCCCUUCCCGAGUGCUUGGUCCGAGCCCUUGAGAGCAGGUGGCUUGGGGAUUGUUUGUUUUUUAAAAUAAAACAGAUAUGUUAUAUUGCCAA